AUGCUUUACCAGUGCUCCAAAUGUCAUAAAAUCUCUUCGUCGAAAACGUUUCUGGCGGAACACUUGGACUUGUACCAUCAUCCGUCCCACUCGCACCCCUGCCAAUCCCAUCCCCGACUUCAUCCCCAUCAGCCUCCUCAUGCUCAUCGCCGUCGUAAACGAUCGUCAUCGAACAACGCGGGAGAUAGCGGUUCAGAAGCUGUUUCACCCAUACUAGAAAAUGGUCAUACCGGGUCACGUGAUUCGGAGCCGUCGGAUGAAGACGACGAGCUGGAAGUGAACGAGGUGAUAUCUGGUGAGAAAACCGACAGCCCCACUCACCGAAGUCCUAAAAGCGAACGACACAUGGUUGCGAUCCCGGAUUCCGAUGAUUCCACCGAGUUGGGUCGUAAACAUGGGCGUGUUACCAAAGCCGCAGAGGUGACAACCGCGGCUUAUGCGAAAACGUUGUUUGUCGGUCAAUUGUGUGGUCAGUCAUCGGCCGCAGACCAGACUGAUUCAGUCACAUCGAACAACGGACCGAAUGUGACUUUGGGUAUACAACAUCAGUGUUUGUUCUGUGCUUACACAACACCAAAUACUGGA